CUCCUUUCCUUCUGCUGUCUUCUGCCAGAUGUAAUUAUCAAGGACAUGCAAAGCAGCAACCAGACCUCUGUGUCUCACUUCAUUCUGGUGGGCCUGCACCACCCACCUCAGCUUGGGGUGCCACUCUUCCUAGCAUUUCUUGUCAUCUAUCUCCUCACUGUCUCUGGCAAUGGGCUCAUCAUCCUCACCGUCUUGGUGGACAUCCGGCUCCACCGGCCCAUGUACUGGUUCCUAUGUCACCUCUCCUUCUUAGACCUGACCAUCUCCUCUGCUAUUGUUCCAAAGAUGCUAUCUGGCUUUCUCUUAGAUAGUAGAAUUAUCUCCUUUGGGGGCUGUGUGAUUCAGCUGUUUUCUUUCCAUUUCCUGGGCUGCACUGAAUGCUUUCUUUACACGCUCAUGGCUUAUGACAGAUUCUUGGCCAUCUGUAAGCCUUUGCACUAUGCGACCAUCAUGACUCGCAGCGUCUGUAAUUACCUCGCUCUGGGCACCUGGAUUGGAGGGACCAUCCACUCACUUUUCCAAACGAGUUUCAUAUUCAGGCUGCCUUUCUGUGGCCCAAACCGAGUUGACUACUUCUUCUGUGACAUCCCUGCCGUUCUCCGUCUGGUCUGUGCAGACACCACCAUCAAUGAGUUGGUCACCUUUGUAGACAUUGGCUUCCUGGCCCUCACCUGCUUUAUACUCAUCCUCACUUCCUACGGCUACAUCGUAGCUGCCAUUCUGCGAAUCCGGUCUGCAGAUGGACGCCGCAAUGCCUUCUCUACCUGUGCUGCCCACCUCACCGUGGUCAUCGUUUACUACGUGCCCUGUACCUUCAUUUACCUACGGCCUGGCUCACAGGAACCUCUGGAUGGGGUGGUAGCUGUCUUCUACACAGUCAUUACACCCUUGCUUAACCCCAUCAUCUACACACUACGAAACAAAGAGAUGAAGGCAGCUUUGCGGAGGCUGGGAGGCCUCAGGGAGGUACAGCCUUGCUGACUUCACCCAGCACAGGU